AGGCCAAACUCGUCUAUGUCUAGUUUUUCUCACUUUUGUUUAAAAAAGGUUAAUUGCUCAUUUGUGUUUCUUUAAAAAAACAAAUCGAAGAACCCAACUCGCUUCUCCAUUACCGAACUCUGCAAACUCCUCUGAUCUGGAAUUUCAUCGAAAUGGGCAGUAUUUACAACAAUUACGAUUUGAGCCCUUCUGUGAAAAACAUUCUUUUACUAGACUCUGAGGGGCAGCGUGUAGCUGUGAGGUAUUACACGGAUGAGUGGCCAACCCAUACUCAUAAAUUGGCUUUUGAAAAAUCUGUCUUCCAGAGGACUUUGAAGUCAAAUCCCCGAACAGAAGCGGAGAUAGCGAUGUUCGACGACAAAAUUGUUGUCUAUAAGUUUGUCCAGGACCUUCACUUCUAUGUGACAGGAGGUGAAGACGAAAAUGAGCUCAUUUUAGCCACAGUUCUUCAGGGUUUCUUUGAUGCAGUUUCUCUCAUCUUGAGGAAUACUGUUGAUAAAAGGGAGGCACUUGAGAAUUUGGAUCUUAUACUGUUAUGUCUUGAUGAGAUUGUUGAUGGAGGGAUGAUCCUUGAAACCGAUCCCAAUGUCAUUGCUGGAAAAGUUGCAAGCCAUAGCAUGGAUGCUGAUGCACCCUUAGCCGAGCAGACUAUAACUCAGGCAUGGGCUACAGCAAGGGAGCAUUUAACCAGAACCCUUCUCAAUUGAGUUCAAAAAGGGUUAAAAAGGAAAAGAAAAAGGGUCGUUUAUACAUAUGUUUCAUUUCAUCAUUUUUGUAAUAUUGUUUCAUCUCUUGACAAUUUGACAGUUUCUUAGACUCUCUAGUAUCCCUUUAAAAUUAGUGGCUCAUUUUCUAUUGGGCCUUCUUUUUCUUUUCAUUGGGCUUCAUUAUUGGUUGGAAUCAGAGAGAUUUUAAUAACUUCCCUUGCCUUAUGGGCUUGGGAAUACAUUUUCAAUCACUUUGUAUAAGACAUUCAUUGUUGUCAUGUACUAGAUGAUUUUAUUGUUAAAUAUUCCAAAUUGUUUUGCAGAAUGAAGAA